AUGGCGAGCUCGGCGGCCGUGGAGACGGUCAUGCCCUCCGCCUGCCCGCGCCACGAAGGCAGGAGCGGCGCCUCCAACCCCUCCAAGACGCUGGCCUUCUCCAUCGACCGGAUCAUGGCCAAGAGCGCCGAGCCCAAGCCGGCCUUCGGCGGGCUGGAGCCCGAGCCGGGCAAGAAGAGCCUGGGCCUCUGCCCGCCGCUGCCCUGCGUGCUGCCCAUCCCGCCGCUGGCCUACGAGGUGCACUCCAAGGCGCUGCUCACCUACUCCGAGCUCUGGAAGGGCAGCGCCCUGCGGGGCCCGGCCGGGCUGUGCAAAGCCAACUGCGGCAUGUGUUGCAAGGCGGAGCUGGGCCUCGGGCACUCGCUGCUGCCGGCCAGCCGAGUGAUCAAGCCCCAGGCCAUCAGCCAGGCGGCGGGGAUGCCCGCCCAGGGCUCCGUGUAUUACUUCAACUACCUGGACUCCGCGUACCCCUCCGAGCUGCUCCCCGGCCAGCUCUUCCCUUCCAGCCUGCUGGGCGCCCAGCCCCCGGCCGGCCUCUCGGCGCACCACAAACUCUUCCUGCUGGAGAACGCCAAGCUGGCCGGGCUGGCGCCGGAGAAGUUCCCCAGCGCCCAGUACCCGCACAAGGAGCGGCUCCCCGGCCACCUGGACCAGGUGAUGAAGGAGAACACGACCCUGGCCGGGGAGAGGAACGGGGUGAAAAGCCACAGCAAAGUCAGCAGCUCCGCGGACGGCAAGCCCAAGAAUUUCACCUGCGAAGUGUGUGGCAAGGUCUUCAAUGCCCAUUACAACUUAACUCGCCACAUGCCAGUCCACACGGGGGCCAGGCCGUUCGUCUGCAAAGUUUGUGGCAAGGGCUUUCGCCAGGCCAGCACCUUGUGCAGACACAAAAUUAUCCACACGCAGGAAAAACCUCACAAAUGUAACCAAUGCGGCAAAGCUUUCAACAGAAGCUCCACGCUAAAUACGCACAUUAGAAUCCACGCGGGCUACAAACCUUUCGUGUGUGAAUUUUGUGGCAAGGGAUUUCACCAAAAAGGAAACUACAAGAACCAUAAAUUGACUCACAGCGGCGAGAAGCAGUACAAAUGCACCAUCUGCAACAAAGCCUUUCACCAGAUCUAUAACUUGACUUUCCACAUGCACACUCACAACGACAAGAAACCCUUCACGUGCGGCACCUGCGGCAAAGGCUUUUGCAGAAACUUUGAUUUAAAGAAGCACGUCCGAAAGCUACACGACACCGCGACCCCUACAAAAGAGCUGCCUAGGAGUUUGCAAAGCUAA